GCUUACCGCGGACGCGCGCGCCCGCCCAGCGCUUUUUUAUUUAAAAAUAAAACUCAUUUUCGACCAGCAUUCCAGUUUAUAGUCUUCGUACAGAUAACAAAUAAUUACACACGUAUUAUGAAUUUUGUUUUUAAACUGUGUUAAAAUUAUUUGUGAAAGGAUAAUGUUUAAAAAUAGUGUUUUACGGAGAUCCAGUGCAGACGUAAAGCUCGUUGUAUUUCGGUGACAUAUCGACGACCUCGAACAAGCGCUUUGGCGGUUUUCGCGUUAUUUUUUUAAAUUCGGCCUGUGUGUACGGACUGUGUUCUUUUUUUAAAUGUUAAUUGUUUCGUGUGUCAAGCAGUAAAAUGUGUUGUUGAAAUAUUUUCGGAUUGUCCUAUUAUUAUAAACGGUGGUAAUGGCGGACCAAGCGCAACCCACCACUCCAGAAGGUGACGACACAGGGCAGCCUGUGGUAGUGCAGCCGAAGAAACAGGCAAGGGCGAGAGGGAAACCACAACCAGAGAAGCCGAAGAGGAGCCUCCUGUGCCUCGGCUUGAAGAACCCGUUGAGGAAGCUGUGCUAUGAUAUUGUGGAGUGGAAACCCUUCGAAUACAUGAUAUUGACAACUAUAUUCGCAAAUUGUAUAGCACUAGCUGUGUUCACACCCUAUCCGUCCGGGGAUACGAAUAAUACUAAUCAGAUUUUAGAAAAAGUAGAAUGGAUAUUCAUGGCAAUCUUCACUGGAGAGUGUGUGAUGAAAAUUAUAGCUUACGGAUUCUUAUUCCAUCCUGGAGCAUAUCUAAGGAAUGCGUGGAACAGUCUCGAUUUUACCAUCGUUACUAUUGGAAUAGCAAGUCAGAUAUUGCAAUACAUUUCAAAAGACCUAUUUGAUGUUAAAGCUUUGAGAGCAUUUAGAGUUCUGCGGCCUUUACGUUUAGUAUCUGGAGUGCCAAGUCUUCAAAUAGUUCUCAACUCGAUUCUAAAAGCGAUGGUUCCAUUAUUCCACAUAGCAUUUUUGGUGCUUUUCGUGAUAAUCAUUUAUGCUAUAAUUGGUCUGGAAUUAUUUGCUGGAGCCCUCCAUGAUACUUGUUUUGAUAAUCAGACAGGUAAAAUGGUAGACGAUCCCACCCCUUGUUCCCGGGACGCUGAAGUGGGCAACCACUGUAACGAGGGCGAGGUCUGCAAGGGAUACUGGGAGGGGAUCAACUUUGGGAUCACCAACUUUGAUAAUAUAGGGUACUCUAUGUUGACUGUCUUCCAGUGUAUCACGUUGGAAGGGUGGACUGAUAUUAUGUAUGCUAUAGCAGAUGUGAAAGGCAACACUUGGGUCUGGAUAUAUUUCGUGACUCUAGUCAUUUUUGGCAACUUUUUCGUCAUGAAUCUGAUUCUUGGUGUGUUGUCUGGAGAGUUCUCGAAAGAGCGUGAGAAAGCGAAGAACCGGGGGGACUUCCAGAAGUCCCGGGAGCGGCAGCAGUUCGAAGAGGACCUGAAGGGCUACCUCAACUGGAUCACAGUCGCGGAGGAACUGGACCUGGAGAACGACCAGGGGCAGAGGGAUCAGGACCAGGAUGAACAGGGAAACAAGAAAGAAAGAAAAAAUAAUGAAGGCUCACAAAACAACAUAAAUGUAAAUGGCGACACACAACAGACGACAUCUUGUAAAAUUUAUUGCAAGAGGUUUGAUAAAGUAAACCGUCGCAUGCGCAGAGCAUGUCGUAAGGCGGUAAAAUCGCAGACCUUCUACUGGGCGAUCAUUGUUCUUGUGUUUUUGAAUACACUUGUUUUGGCCACUGAACAUCAUAAUCAACCGCCAUGGUUGGAUGAUGUUCAGAAUUAUGCAAAUUACUUGUUUGUGGUACUCUUCACGAUGGAGAUGCUGGUAAAGAUGUACGCUUUAGGCUUUCAGGGCUAUUUCGUGUCCCUGUUCAACCGUUUUGACUGUUUCGUGAUGGUGUGUUCAAUUGUCGAACUGGCUCUCACUAUAUCGGGAACGAUUCCGCAACUUGGUAUAUCUGUGUUGAGAUGUGUUAGAUUGUUGCGGGUGUUUAAGGUUACUAAGUAUUGGCGGUCCCUCUCCAACCUGGUAGCAUCUCUUCUCAACUCCAUCCAGUCGAUCUUCUCCCUUCUCUUACUCUUGUUCCUCUUCAUCAUGAUCUUCGCGUUACUGGGGAUGCAGGUGUUUGGUGGAAGAUUUGAUUAUGAACCAGAGGAGCAGAAGGAAAGACAUAACUUUGACUCUUUCUGGCAAGCUGUGUUGACUAUGUUCCAGAUCCUAACAGGCGAGGACUGGAAUGUGGUAAUGUACCACGGUAUCAACGCGUACGGUGGAGUGGGGACUCCCGGCAUGUUGGCCUCUAUAUACUUUAUUGUUAUCUUUAUUUGUGGUAACUAUAUUCUAUUGAACGUGUUCUUGGCUAUUGCUGUUGAUAAUUUGGGAGAUGCUGAAGAUAUGGAUGAAGAAAUUGUUAAAGAAAAAGAUGGUGCAGAUAAUCCUGAAGCAGGAAAUCCACAACUAGAUGAAGAGAGAGGUGAAACUGAUGAUGAAUAUGCUAAUGAUGAAGAAGGGUAUUCUAGUGAAGGAUCAGAAAAUGAAUACGAAGAGACAGGAUCUGAGGAAGAAGUUGAGCUAGAGCAAGAGGAACAAAAUGACGACGUUAAAGAUGUUUUAGUGACAGCUGAGAAGAAACAAAACGGCGACAUAAAGAAAGAGGAACCACAACCUCCUCCCAAACGCCAGCCAACCAUCACAGCUCGACCUAGAAGAUUGUCUGAAGUGGAAAUAAAGACCCAGGAAAAACCAAUACCAGAAGCCACCAGCUUCUUUGUAUUUUCUAAAGAUAAUUGGUUCCGAGUGUCCUGUUACAAAGUACAGAACAACUCUUGGUUCAGAAAUCUCAUUUUGGUUUGUAUUCUCGCCUCGUCUCUCAUGUUGGCGAUGGAAGAUCCUGUUGAGGGGAAAGCUACUGAAGCGAAACGUGAGAUCCUCCGCAAAAUAGACUACUUCUUCACAACAGUAUUUACCAUCGAGUUACUCCUAAAGCUCAUCACGUAUGGCUUCAUCUUGCACAAGGACGCCUUCUGUAGAUCUGCUUUCAAUUUGUUGGAUUUGUUGGUUGUUAUAGUUUCUCUUGUUUCUUUGACUGGCUCAAACAACGUAUCGUUCAUAAAAAUCUUGCGAGUGUUCAGAGUGUUGAGACCGCUCCGUGCGAUCAACCGAGCGAAGGGCUUGAAGCACGUAGUACAAUGCGUUAUCGUUGCUAUUAAAACGAUCGGCAACAUUUUGUUGGUGACAAACCUCCUUCAGUUCAUGUUCGCUGUAAUGGGAGUGCAAAUGUUCAAGGGAAAAUUCUAUAUGUGUUCAGAUAUAACCAAAGUGGAUUCUGAUCAAUGCCAGGGAGCUUAUCUGGUAUAUAAGAAUAAUAAACCAACAAUCGAAGAUCGUAUUUGGAUGAAAAAUAAGUUUAAUUUUGAUAAUGUACUGAAUGGAAUGCUCACGUUGUUUACUGUGUCCACAUUUGAAGGGUGGCCAGGCUUAUUAUCUACAUCAAUGGAUUCGAAUGAAGAGAAUCACGGACCUAUAGAAAAUUCUCGGCCGCUUGUCGCGUUUUUCUAUAUAAGUUAUAUUAUUGUGAUAGCAUUUUUUAUGGUUAAUAUAUUCGUAGGUUUUGUCAUAGUAACAUUCCAAAAGGAAGGAGAGCAGGAGUUUAAAGAUUGUGAAUUAGAUAAAAAUCAAAGAAAUUGUAUAGAGUUUGCGUUAAAAGCAAAACCAAUAAGAAGGUAUAUACCAAAACAUAGAAUACAGUAUAAGACAUGGUGGUUUGUGACGUCACAAAGAUUUGAGUAUGUGAUAUUUUUCUUCAUUGUACUCAAUACAGUUGCCCUUAUGAUGAAAUAUCAUGACGCAAAACCUCUCUAUAAGAAAGCGUUAGAUUAUCUUAACAUGGUUUUAACUACAGUUUUCAUGUUGGAGUUCGUAUUUAAAUUGGCAGCAUUUAGAUUUAAGAAUUACUUCGGUGACGCGUGGAAUACGACAGAUUUUAUUCUGGUUGUAGGUAGUAUAAUAGAUAUUGUAGUGACGCAAGUGAACGAAAAUAAACUGCCAGCUCUUGCCCCCUUGGAAAUGAAAGAGCUCGACGCAUCUGAAAACAAGGAGGGUACCCUUCUUAAAUACGUCAUCUUCUUCCGACUGUUUCGAGCUAUGCGACUCAUAAAACUAUUAUCUCGGGGCGAGCGAAUACGAACCUUAUUGUGGACGUUCAUAAAGUCGUUUCAAGCUUUGCCCUAUGUUGCUUUGUUGAUUGUUUUGUUGUUCUUCAUUUAUGCUGUUGUUGGGAUGCAGCUCUUUGGAAAAAUAGCACUCGAUGAUGAUAUUAUAACGAGAAAUAACAAUUUCCAAACAUUUGGUGGUGCACUGAUGGUGCUAUUUAGAUCAGCUACGGGAGAAGCCUGGCAGGACAUAAUGAUGGCUCUGUCACCAAACGAAGACGAGCAUCCUGGAGUACCGGUAGCUUGCUUCAGACCUGAUGGAGACAACUCCACAUUAUCUGAUGAAGGAUGUGGAACCCGCCUCUCCUUCCCUUACUUUAUAUCUUUCUCGCUGCUUUGUACGUUUUUGAUUAUCAAUUUGUUCGUCGCUGUUAUUAUGGAUAACUUCGAUUACUUGACGAGAGAUUGGUCUAUCCUCGGACCGCAUCAUCUUGAUGAAUUUGUAAGAUUGUGGAGUGAGUACGACCCGGAUGCCAAAGGACGUAUCAAACAUUUGGACGUGGUAACAUUAUUGAGGAAAAUCAGUCCUCCAUUGGGUUUCGGCAAGCUAUGUCCGCACCGCACGGCUUGCAAGCGUCUCGUUUCAAUGAACAUGCCGCUCAACUCCGAUGGUACUGUUAACUUUAACGCCACUUUAUUUGCUGUUGUACGGACACAGCUGCAAAUUAAAACUACUGGUGUAAUAGACGAAUGCAACACAGAACUGCGUUCUAUCAUCAAAAAGGUAUGGAAGAGAACAUCUCCCAAACUGCUGGACCAAGUGGUCCCUCCACCGGGAGAUCCAAAUGAGAUCACGGUCGGCAAGUUCUAUGCUACCUUCCUCAUUCAGGACUACUUUAGAAGGAACCAUGCAUUCAGGAAGCGAAAAGAGCUGGCAGCAGCUCAAAACAACCAGAUGACUUUACAAGCUGGUUUGAGGACCUUGCAUGAGGCGGGUCCAGAACUAAAGAGGGCUAUAUCGGGUAACCUGGAUGAGAUUGUUGGGGAGACUGUGGAACCUAUGCAUAGGCGCAAUCACACACUAUUUGGUCAAGUUUGGACAAGUAUAAAGAAAGGACGCGGCAGUUUCUACGCACCGCGCAAAGUGCCAAAAACUAUGGUUAAAUCUAAAUCCGCUAAUGGUAAAAACAUGACUCUAAGUAUGAUGAUGCAGAGGGAACUGGGUAUGGAUGGAAAGAUACCAGAAGAGGAGAAUAAAUACGAUGAAAACAGUGAUGGUGAUGAAGAGAUCGCGAUGCAGCCGCUUCUUCAUGGAAAGGACUCCGAGAGGAUCUUUAGGGUUAUCGAAAAAACAUCCAACGAACUUAUGAAGAAUAUGAGAAACAGCAAUCGUGACAAUAUGCCCAAACAGACAAACAACGUGCCUUAUUGUGUAGACAAUCCAGCGGAGAAUCUUAUAGCUCGGGUGCUAACCGAGCAAGGUCUGGGCAAGUACUGUGACGCGGAGUUCCUGCAGAGCACCGCGCGCGAGAUGCAGGACGCGCUCGACCUCUCGCAGGAGGAGAUGGACACCGCCGCUAAUCAAAUAAUUUUACAAGAGCGCAACAUGAUGAGGGAUCCGAAUAUACACAGCGAUGUGGAAAGUAUACUCUCACGGCAGUACCAUCCCUUCCACCAGCCGGCCAUGCCCCCCACAGUGAAAUAAAGCAUUUUUUUAUAUUUUUUGGCGACAUUUUCCGCUCACGUCGGUUGACUCCACGUGGGUUUGUAGCUUUGAGCUUUCAGCCGAGCUUCGGGCGUUUGGAGAUUUUUGUACAUAGUUAAUAUAUUUAAAAUAUAGUUGUUUUAUUCGUAUAGGAAAUAUUGUUUAUCUGCCACUUGACGGAAUUGUGCUAUUUGUGACGGAAUUUUAUGGAAUAUGGCUAUUUUGACGCAUUUUAAGUUGAAAUUUUUAGAGGUUUUUAGGUCAAAAGCCUUUGGAAUUAUGAAAUAUAUAGAUGUAUGUAUAUUGUAUACAUAGUAUUGAGUGUAAUUUUUUUAUGUUCAUGCAUUUUUACAAGGUUGCUACCGUCCUGUAACAGUUAAUGCUAUGCGCUAUGUUAUUUAUAAAAUUAUUAUUGUCUUUAAAUUGUUUGAAGGGAAGUUAUUAUUGGCUAAUAUUAUUCGACGCGUUUAUUUAAAAAUAUAUAUAAGUAUAUGAAUAUAACGUGCUUGUUAUUGAGUUAGAGAUUCUAAGAAAAUGGCAAUGUGCCUUAUUUAUUAAACAAUGAAGUAUAUACUCUAUUUAAUGUAUAUUAUUGUGAAAAAUAUACAAUAAGUGCCAAAGUAUGUAUAAAUAUAAAUUUAUUUCAGUAUUUUUUUAAUUGUAAUAAUGGCUACUCCACGGUUUUCCAAAAUGUUUGUUCGUCAGGUUUGUAACCGUUUUAUGAAAUAAAUCGUAUUUAAAAACGAUUUGAUCUUUAAAAUUAAUAAAACUAGUCAUGAAGUGCUUGUAUUUGUGUUGUAUUUUUAAUAAAUCGUGUAUUUUGUAUGAAUAUUAUAUAAUAAUUGUUAUCCAUGAAAAUAAAACAUUUUAAAAC